GUAGGCCCGCAACACCAAUCCGUGACAGGCAUUAUUGGAUGGGGGUUGCGGUUGAGAUGCUGGUGGAAGAACACAGAGAUCACUUCGCCGAUACUCCACCAGUGGCUGUUGCACGUGCGGAUCAGACAAACUGAUCUACGGACCAUGACAGCAAUUUGCUUCGUGUGCAACCUGCCCAUCCUCAGCCAUCAGGUGGGAUUAAUUUGGCAAGGCGGAAAUGGGUGGGACGAUCUUCUUCGGGAGCAGGUCGAAGAAUCAACCCUCAAACAGCGGCUGGGAGCGGGGCGGAGGGACUCGGCCGCACAAAUCACCUCAAUUUCACCACCGAACGAAAUCCAGGAAUCGUCUCCACCCAAUCAGCGUCGGCGUCGGUCCAGCUUGGCUCAGUUAACGGAGCUCCUGAAGGAAUGGGGCGGCGGCGGGACUUCGAGCAAGGGUGGAAAGGGCGGGAAGCUGCACCGACGAGAGACCCUUGCAGACAUCGCGAAGUCCAUGCCCUGGCCGAGACAACAGACUACGGACUCGAGCCACAUGACAAGCCUCCGGAGUAGGAGGGAGAGCUCCGUCGACAGCGGGAUCAGGAGUCAGGUGUCCUGCAAAUCAAGGAGAGACUCGACCAUCAGCGACUUCAAAAAUGAAUUGGCUCGAUUUUGGAGCAAAAAGGAUUCACAACAGUCGUCGGCCCCGCCAACGGUCAUUUCGCCAACCACCAGGAGAGGUUCCGGAGAAUCGGUUAAAAACUCCAGACGUGGGUCUGGAGAAAGUGCGAAAUCGCGGAGAGAUUCUGUCGUCGGUGGGCAGUCAGUCAGCCCUGGAGAACGGAAACACAAUUGUCGACACCACAGGCGCAGACAGUCCCAACAGUCCCAGGAAGGCGGGGGUGUCACGCCUACCAAAUACUAUCGGAGCGACCAAAGGCCCAGCGCUUCGAGCACCGACAGUGGGGCCAGCUGUGCGGUCAGGGAACAUCUGGAGGCGCAGAGACUUCAUGCUGAGAAAAAUGAGAAGUCGAGCUCGACGGUGGAGGUGAAGUCUGAUUCGAAAGCGCCGACGACGACGCUGACGGUCGAGAUGAAGAGCACUGCCACCGACAGUGGAAAAUCCAUGAAUCUAGACCCGACGAUGAAUCCUCCCACGAUCAUUACGUCCGCAGUGACGCCUCCUCUGGUGUCGCCGAUGACCGGAAGCAGUCUUCCCUUACCAGGAAUGUCCGCUUCUGGUGGCUCAAGUCCCGUAGGAACACCGAAUUUGAAUAGCACCCCGACCCACCCCCUACUCACUACAAGAAGAGAUUCCACCACUCAGUGCUAUUACAAAGGAAAAGAGGCAUCACCGAGCAAAUUGGCAAGGCUAACGAGGCAGGCAGCUGCUAUCGACGAAUCGCUCCCACCUUCCGGUCGACGAGGGAGUCAGCCGACGCUUUCUCCGGAUCCCGACGACGGAGGUCGCAAAGCUCGCAGGGACUCGUUGAGUCCGGACUCUGCCUCAUAUCCUAGAAGGCGUGACUCUAGGAGUCAUUUAAGCCCGGACAGAAAUGCUACGGAUAAAAGGGACAUCAGUCCGAUUCGACAAAGAAAAGCCAGGCUGAGACGGCAAUCGACGUCCAUCGCGUAUGGUCGACCGCCCAGGUCUUCGGAUAGCUCAUCCUGUUCGUCACGGGAUCCAAGUCCCUGCGCCCGUGGACCAACUACCAUUCAACAUGCACCGGUGAUCAGAAGACAAUCAACGACCGAAGAGAUUUUGAUCGCCAGAGGUUUCAGGCGACAGAGCACAACGGAGGAAAUGAUACGUUGCAGAAAUUUCAGAAGACAAAGUUCUCAGAGCGACGACACCGUUCAAAGGUACAGAGGCCGAAGGGACAGUUCGGCUCAAAUUACUGACGGAACCUUUGCCACGAUGACGGUUGAAACGACUAGUACAUUUUUUGACAGCAGCACGCAGACCGAACCUUCUCCACUUUAUGACAACAACCAUUACCACGAGGAGUGCCUGAGAUGCAACAGUUGCGGCCUCAAUCUUACCGGACCAAAUCAGAAGCGCGCACGCAGGUUCAAAAACCACAUUCUGUGUGACUUGCACUUUGCGGACGUCGCUCUGAUGGAGUGUGCAGAUUUCAUGCAACAACUUCGCAGCUUCAAGCCUCAGAGUCUGGGCUGUGCCGUCGCCCGUCGAAAGUCAUCGACUACCCUGAUCUUCCCGUUACCACCUCAAGCUUGUUCAGACGAGUUCUGCGAAGAAUUUCCUCACAAUCUAAUCCCCACCCCCGGGUACUGGAUCGAAUGCUCUCGUCAAAAGAUUGCCUCAGAUACUAUUUGGGACGAGAGCGAGAGUGACAGAGAAGUAACAGAUCCUGAUCAGGCCGAAGAGCAGGCAGAUUCAACGUCGAGGCAGCAGAGGCAGGAUUUUUGUCUCUUCGAAGAGAACGAGAUAGAGACGGACGAUGCGCCGCGUAAAAAAACUGCGAUCGAAGAACAGUGGGAAAAGAAUCAGGGCUUCGAAUUGACUUCGGUUGAGCAAGAAACGUACGAAAAGUACUUUUACGGAUCGGAACAUUGGAACUAUUUCACCAACGACGACGACCUCGGUCCGGUGAUACUCAGCAUUAAACAAGAGACGAUUAACGGCAGAGAUCAGUUUCGAAUUCUAGUCAGAGCUAUAAGCUACACAGUUCAUGGCUUGAUACCGGCCAGCUGUGUCUUCGCCGAUCGUUACAACCGCGAGGAAGUUGUUCGUAGCCUCGGUAAGGAGGUGAACAUCAACCCUCCGCUGACUUUGGGUCAGCUGCCAGACACACCUGAGGAGCUUCUCAAGUUGGACCAGGUUUUCAUUAAGUCCGAACUUAAGGUUGGAGUGAUUUACGUACAGGAGGAACAGUACAGCGAGGAAGAAAUCCUGGACAACAACGAUAAUUCACUUUCGUUCGAAGAGUUUUUGCAAAUUCUCGGCGAUAAGGUCAGGCUCAAGGGUUUCGAUAAGUACAAGGGUGGCUUGGACACCGUGCACGACUUGACGGGGCUUUAUUCAGUUUACACAAACUGGAGAGGAAUCGAAAUCAUGUUUCACGUCUCUACGCUGCUUCCCUACGAGAAACACGACCCUCAGAAGUUGCAGAGGAAACGGCACAUAGGCAACGACAUUGUUUGCGUGGUAUUUCUCGAGGCGGACAAUACGAGUUUCAGUCCAGCGUGCAUAAAAUCGCAUUUCCUCCAUACUUUCAUCUUAGUGCGAGUCAGUCCAAGAAUAAAGCGUAAGAUCACAAGGUACGAGGUGUCCGUUGUGACGAGGGAUGAGGUCGGCGCCUACAAACCAUACCUGUGGGAACAAAGUAUAUUUGAAAAAGGACCGAUGUUCAGAGAGUGGAUUCUGACGAAAAUAGUUAACGGAGAACGAGCCAGUUACUCAGCGCCGAAGUUUGCGAGGAUGCAGGAAAGGACGAGGAGUCAGAUGCUCGAGGACAUUGUCGCCAACUUGGCAAAUCACGCGGAAACCGGGCAAAUCCCUAAGCCAUACAGACGCGGGUCUUGGAGACCCAUCGGUCACAUGAGACCCUCUUCUCCGUUGUUGGACUCCGUGAGAGAUCAAUUCGAGGACUACGAUCAGCUGGCCAAGGACUUCACGCGAGUAUUUUUGAACAACGUAGCGAACGUGACACUGAACGCCAGCUUGUUUGACGUGUCCUUUUUGGUUCCUGGCCAAAAGAAGCAAAAAGUUCGAUUUAUCGGGGUUCGAGCUAUUCUUGGUGUCAGAAGCAGGGUCUUUCAAGAAAUGCUGUACGGAAUUCAAACGGGAUUUGGAAGUCCCCAAGUUCCGGUCGGCGAGUUACUUGCCAGGCCUGUCCCCACUGCACUUAGUCCACAGAAGCCGAAAAGUUCGAACUUCCUCCAGGUUCCCGACGUGGAAAGUCCAAGGCCCAAAAGUGUGCCAUCCUCUCCAAUGGUGAAGCGUGCCUUUUCGCGGCUCGGGACCAUCACAGCAGGAUGGGGUCGCAGCAUCCGUAAACACGGAGGCGGAAACACUCUCCAAACGGAAGACCGAAAGUUGUGGUCCAGCUCUCAGGACUGCAGCAAUAAAGAGGGUAAGGAAAAGGAUCGAGGAGUACAAUCACUGGCUGUUCCCAGGCUGAGCGUCUGUGCCGAUGCCCAGAAAGUCGACAGAGCAAAGCUCGCUCAAACUGAGUUCGACAUUAUCGAAUUCGACCCGGAAACCUUUAGAACGUUGUUGGAUUAUCUGCACACCGGAUCAUGCCCGUUAACCUGCACUAAUAUACCGGGGCUGAUAUGCGCCGCUGAGCAUUACGACCUUCCCGAACUGCUUCAGGCGUGUUUCCAUCAUGCAAAGCAGUUUUUGCGUAUCGAGAUAGUCUGCGUGAUGCUCUGUGCUCUUGAGAACUAUUACUGGAGAUACACUUCGGCCUCGGAAUUGGUCAACAUGAUCCUCGCAUUCGUUGAGACUCGGGCCUGGCAGCUCUUUCGGAAUCCCGAUUUUCUCACCCUGAGCGAAUCCAUGGUCCAGAUGAUCAUGUGCCGGGAACUUACGGUCAUUGAAAUACACAAGUUCGAGGCGAUGUUGGAGUGGGCGAAGCACAGAGUGGAGACCAAGACUUCCGAGCUCGACGCCGAGCUGGAGUUCAAGUGUAUUAUGGAAAGACUGACCCGGGAUUUGAAGCUGCAGAAUAUUGCACCGCACGAACUCAUCAGGACCGUUUUACCCUCAAAGGCUAUCAAGAACGAAAGGAUUUUAGAGACGCUGAUGUACCAGGCGCACACCGGAGUAUUUCGGAACGUUGACACUUUCUUGGAAGAUUACCAAAGGAGGAUACAGAAUCCGGAAAGUUUAGAUUGAAGAUUAUAGAUCAAUUUGGUAUUGGAAUUCGUGCUGCACUGCUCAAUUAUUCGAGGAAUACUUUCUCUUGUACGAACGGUUCAAGAGUAUCAAAACAAUCGUCGCUGAUUUUUGGCUUAGAUAAUUUAUCGGAAUCACAAUUUGCGCAUAAAAACGCGACGCGAUCAGGAAUCGUUGACUUUUCCGAUUUCUAAACGCAGUAUGGAGAAAAAAAAUUGAAUAGAAAACUGAAAAAAAAAGCUGAAACUAAAGUGGAGAAACGAAAUAAACUUGUCGGCCCGUUAAAUACUAUGCUCAACGCAUUGGCAUUUUCUUUUUCUAAAUCUUUGAGACGCGAUCGAGCUGCUGAGAUCAAGACUAACGAUCUCUGCGGCCGUAAGUGAGCCCUAACAAUGAGUAUACUAUGUCUAACGUACGCAAUGGUAAGUCUGAUGUAUUCAAAAUUUUGGUAGACAAUACAGAGUGUUCCUAGAAAUAGUUUCUGGGUAUUGUACAAUACACUAGACGUGUAUAUACAGAUGCGUCUCCGUGAUCAGUAAGUAAAAAGGAACUAUAAGGAGGUGGUAGAGAAGUUUGUAACAUUUAGGAAUUAGUUUUAUAUAUAUACGAAUUCUAGAUUAUACUAAUGAUAAUAGUAUAAUAAAAUCUGCCUUGAACUGUGCAUUCGCAAAAAGAAGGUUAGAAAUAACGCGAACCAAUAGAAAUACGCGUAUAUUUUAACGAAUCUCAAAAUCAAU